AUAAAUGAAAGCAAAAAAAAAUAAUAGAAAAACAAUGUCAAAUGGUAAAUUAAGAAAAGGUCCAAUACCAGAUCGUUGGUUAAAUUGUCCAAGAAGAGCAGGACGUCUUAUAAAUAAAAAAUUUCUAGCCUUUAAAACACCAUUAUCAAAAUAUUUUAAUGAUCAAGUACCUGAAGAAUGUCGUUUUAGUGUUGAUUUUUUAUUUAACAUUGCAAAAGGAAAUAAAUGGAAGCUUGGUUUAUGGAUUGACCUGACAAACACAUCACGUUUUUAUGACAGAAAAGAUAUUGAAUCACAUGGCUGUAAGUACGUGAAGUUACAAUGUCGUGGACAUGGUGAAACACCAGAUGCAAAAACAACACUUGAAUUUGUAAGUGUAUGUAAACAAUUUAUAUCACAUCAUCCAUUGGAAAUAAUUGGUGUACAUUGUACACAUGGUUUUAAUAGAACUGGUUUUUUACUAAUAAGUUAUUUGAUUGAAGCUGAAGAAAAUAGUCUUGGUGCUGCAAUGACAAAAUUUGCAAUAGCAAGACCACCUGGUAUUUAUAAAAAAGAUUAUAUUGAAGAAUUAUAUAAACGUUAUGAAGAAGGUGAAACACCACCACCAGCACCACCAACAAAACCAGAUUGGUGCUUUCAGUAUUGAUUGUAAUAAUAUUAUAAUGAUGAUGAUGAUGACAAUAAUGGAGUACCAACUAAACGACGUACAACUGAAUUUAAACAUAGAAAUUUAGUGUUUAUUAUUGGUGUUCUUGAUGUAUCAUCACAACUGCUGCUGUUGAUGAACAAAUUAAAAUAUUUAAAAAUAUAUUAGUUUGCCUAGCUGCCAUCCCAUUAAAUUAUCAAAGCUCAAAUUGAAACAGAUAAUCAUCAGCUACACGACAACGUAUUGGAAAAAUAAUCAUUGAAAAUAAACAGAUUCUUAAAUCACUGAGAGAAUAACUCAUUUAAUAAUUGA